AUGACGGCAAUACCUCCCUCUCGGCCGACUCCACCCCAAACUCUCCGCGACGAGUCCGAAGGCCUUGCCUCGAAGCAGCCUGCACAGCAACCUAUGCAGAACUCCGUACCAGCGCGCCCCGAAUCUUCGUUGCACACUAUGCAACAUACCGAGUCACAAUCUGCGGAUGUAGCUGGCGAUCCUGAACACACUUCUCGGCAUGACGAAUAUGAGGUUGUCGAGGUUGAGGAAGACGAUACUAGACUGGAGGAGGCGCCUAAGGGCACCUUCUCAAGGCCGCCUUUGCCUCGUCUGAAUUCUCAGUCGCGAGCCCCUUCCUCGCCGGCGCCUCUUUAUGAAACCUCUCCUCCGCAACCUCCCCCUCAUCGGAGCAGCAACACAAGCACCCCACAGCCGCAAAAGGGCGGGCCUGUCCAUCUGCAGGGCUCGCGAGAGAUACCAAUCCCGAUCAGGAAUUCGUCAACUCAGCAUCAAAGUGCGCCCAAAGCACCACAGCCGUCGGCAGCCGAGACUGAAGACGAUGGCACGGACGAAGCAUCAACUAGUGCCCAACCAUCUUCGCAAGGCACCCCAAAGCCUCAGGAGAAGAACGCUCCGAUCCAGAUACCAAAGGUCACACCACUUUCUUCCGGUCUCACGCUGCCACCAAACCUUGCCGAGCUAGCGCAAGGUCUAGACGGAAAGUAUGUGGACGAGUUCGGAAACAUCUUGGACUGGAACGGUCAGGUGCUUGGUCGUGUCGAGGGCGACCUGCCGUCCAUGAUCGGACGGCCAGUCGCAGUAACGGGCGAGAUCUUCAGCGAAGACGGUGAAGUUGUUGGGUAUGUAGCGGAGAAUGAUACCAUCCCUCCUGCGCCCCCCUCACCCAAGCCCAUUGAAGGCAUGGGCGACGGCUUGAAGGUAGACCACAUGGGCAACAUUCUCGACAAGAACAACAACGUCGUCGGUCACUUUGACGGCGCGCCCCUGGCCAAGUCACUCCAGCAGACAGGCCAGGCUGGCAACUCGGGGCAAUCGAGUGGUACUCGUCCUGGGCAUGUUCCCGACACACGGACAAGUUGUCCUCAAUGUACUGCUCACCAGCCCAAACCAUCCUCAACUACUCCUAGUCCGUCAGAGAUCUUCAUGGACGUUAAGUCGACCAACGACGGAAUUCAGCUUAUUAUCAAGAUACCCACGGUAUUUCACGGCGGUGGGAAUCCUAAUAUCCAUAUAGGAACCGGAUCAUGA